GGGAGAGAGUGAGAGAGGAGGGACGGCGGUGUGUCGUGACCUUUCCCGAUAAGCUCGGCGAUUGCUCGAAUGCGAACGCCUAGGGUUUCGAUCCCCGAGCCCUCGCCAAUCCCUCUCCCUCUUUGCUUCCUCACUCAUCUUUUUCUUGGAUGGAUUGCACUAGGAUUUCGCUCAACUAGGAGUCGGGUUCCCCGAAGACCCUAAGCCCUCGCGCCAUCCGUUAGCUCCUUCUCUGCCCUGCCUCCACAACUGUACUCUCUUUCUUCUCUCCGCUAACCCUUUUCUUGCGCGCCGAGGGGAUUGCGCGAGGAGAGGAAGAGAUCGAGGUACGGAAAUGGAGGAUUCUUGUCCGAAGCGGGCGUAGCGGCGUUGGCAUUUGUGGAGGCAGCUGCUUGGCGCGCGCUGAGAUCUUGAUGAGAAUUGGAGGAAUGCAGGCCGGCUGGGGUUCGGAUGCUUGGAAUCUGGAGUGAAGGAGUGGCUUUCAGGGCGGGGUUUCUGGGUUCCUGGAGUUUGAGUGGGUAGAUCUGGGAGGUCUUGAACGCGGAGGCAUUAGCUCGAAGGAAGUCAGUGAUGCUGCAGCUGCUGAUACCGCCUUGCAGGCCGCAGUGCUGAUUUCUGGCAGCCUGGCGAGCUCGAGCAGCGGGAAGAGAGGAGGAAGUCAAUAACAUCCGAUUCCUCCUGCGAGAAAAGCAAGGUCGCGAGCUGUCAUCUCCGGCCACGAACACGAUCCGGAGCGUCCAAAGGUCUCGCCUUUCUCCACUCCAUUUCCUUGCUCACUUUUAUUUCUCCCCUUGUACUGCGGACUGCGGACUACGAACUCGUCAUCAAUGCUAAAGGACAGCCUACCGCUGACUCUCAGCAACCCUAAGCUCCCGAGCUGACACAGUCACCCACCGCUUCCCAAAAAGGAGAUCAGGGGUGGAGAUAAGAAGGCAGUGGCGGAGAAGGCGAUAAAGAUCCGAUUUGGGCCCCAAAGAGGCAUGAGAGUGAGAUGGAAUUUGAGGAGAACAACCACGCUUGCAAGCGGUCACGGGUGGUGGGUAACGGCAGCCAGGCGGCCAAGAUAGGUCGCAAGGAGCACCAGGAUGAGGACGAAGAUGAUGGAGAAAGGAAGGGUGGAGGGGCCGACGUCGGCCGCGUCGCCCCCUGGCAGCACCACCCGUCGUCCAGGAUCUUUCGUGUUUCGCGUGCCUCCGGUGGGAAGGAUCGGCACAGCAAGGUCUAUACGGCGAAGGGCCUCCGCGACCGGAGAGUCCGCCUCUCGGUCUCCACCGCCAUCCAGUUCUAUGACCUCCAGGAUCGCCUCGGCUACGACCAGCCGAGCAAGGCCAUCGAGUGGCUGAUCAAGGCCGCCACGGCUGCCAUCAAUGAGCUCCCUCCACUCGAUGGCUUCCCCAAGCUGCUUCAACCUAGCGGAGAUGAUCAGAUGAAGGCCGAUCCUGUUGUUGAGCCGGCCUACAACCAGCAGCAGCAUCCGCCGACCAAAUCCGGCUGCAGCAGCAACUCGGACACCAGCAAAGGCUCAGUCUCGUCUCUCUCGCGCUCGGAGAGCCGUGUCAUGGCCAGAGAGCGAGCUCGAGAGCGAGCAGCGAAGGAUAAAGAGAAGGACAGAGACGACAGCGGCCACAUCAUGGCCUCCCAUCACCAGAACCUGAACCCUAGGCUGAACCCGCAGACCCCGUCUUUCACGGAGCUUCUUACCGGCGGCAGCGGCAACAACGGAGGCAGCAACAUCUCUGCUGUUGCCGCAGGAGGGGAGAAUCCGGGGCACAAUUGCAUUCAGAAGCAAAUCUCCACAGCGGAUUACUUCGGCCAAGCUGGUCUCUUUACCCAGUCUCAAAAGAGUCACCAGCUGCCCUCAGGGUUUUCUUCCCAACCCCACUUCGGAAAUAGCUCUCCUAUGGGAAUUUUGCCUUUCAACAUUGCUGCCGCCGGCGACCAUCAAGAGAUGCAGCAGUUCCCUUUCUUGCACGAACAUUUCUUCCCCGUCUCGGCUGUGGCAGCGACAGGGGACCACAAUCUCAACUUCUCCAUCUCGUCGGGUCUUGCGGGUUUCAAUAGGGGGACCCUUCAGUCCAAUUCACCAGCUCAGUUGCCUCAGCAGCAACACCACAGUCACAACCACCUACAGAGGCUCUCUUCUACGGUUGACGGAUCGAACCUGCAGUUCUUCUUCGGUGCUGCGGCCGGUUCAGCUGCGGCCGCCACCAACACGGAGAAUCAAUUUCAGUCUGGGUUCGACGGCCGCCUGCAGCUUUGCUAUGGGGAUGGCUAUCGGCAAUCAGAUCUGAAAGGGAAAGGAAAGAGCUGAAAUCAUCACAAAAAUGAUGGCUUUUUUUGUGCAUAUUCCAUUGCUGGAAUCAAGAACAACAAAAGAAUGCUAAAUGCAACCUGGGAUCAGCUCCUGCAGCACAUUUAUUGUUUCGUUUCUUGUCGACAACUCUAAUAGCAACUGUUAUCGCUACUAUGAUUAUUUUGUUCUCUGUUCUCAUUCAUAUCGUGCAGCAUCAGAUGGGCUUUUAUCCUUGUCUGGUUUGAAGGAUAAACCUCAUCAUAUAAUGGCAAACAAUCUCAUCUUUAUAGCUUUUGUGUGGAUAUGGGAACAGCUAGGCAAAUUGAAGUCCUUUAAAUGAGAUGCUUGUUCACUUCAA